AUUACCUUGGGUGUCAAGGUGUUGUUCUUUGUUUGGUGUUCUCACCGCUUUUGAUUAAUAAUCAACUCAGACGCUAAAAAAGAAUGAAAAGAAAAUGCGAGGAAAGUAGAAAGAGAGCGGCGAGUCUCACUUGAAACUCUCUCUCUAUCUAUAAAAUGAGUCCAUUUUCUUUACUCUCAGACAGAACCAUUCAGAUGUCUUCUUCUACUCCACCAACCAUCCCGAAGUACGAUGUCUUUCUGAGCUUCAGAGGACUCGACACUCGCCGCAGCUUCAUCAGCUUCCUCUACAAAGAACUCGUCCGAAGGAACAUCCGCACCUUCAAAGACGACAAGGAGCUCGAGAGCGGCCGGAAGAUUUCGCCGGAGCUAGAACGCGCCAUCGAAGAAUCCAAGUUCGCCGUCGUUGUGAUCUCCGCGAACUACGCAGCCUCCACUUGGUGCCUUCAAGAACUCGUCAAGAUCAUGGAUUUCGUCAACAAGGGCUCCCUCACCGUGAUCCCCGUCUUCCACGGCGUUGACCCGUGUCACGUGAGGCGGCAGAUCCAAAAAGUCGCCGUACAGUUUGAGAAGCACGAGACGAGAGAAGGUCGCGAGAAAGUCCUCUCGUGGAGACAAGCGUUGACCAAUCUCGCGAAUAUCUCCGGCGUCUGCACAUUGAAAUGUGAAGAUGACUCGAUGAUGGUGGACGAGAUUGCUAAGAGGAUAUCAACGCUCAUUGAUACAACGAGAAAACCAACAAGAACCGGAAGUAGCCUAGUGGGGAUUGAUGUACACAUGAAAGCUCUGUCGCGGUUACUAGAUCUGAACUCUUCGAAGAAGUCUGUGAGAGUGAUAGGUAUCUGGGGGAGAGGAGGCAACGGUAGAUCGGCUCUCGCUGAGUUCGUGUACAAGAACAUCUGUCAACACUUCGAAAGCCAUUGCUUCCUGGAGAAUGUGAAGAGGAUAUCUCACGACCGUCACAUGUCGCAUCUACACCAAGAGGUUCUUAAAAGGGUCCAAGUAGAAUCGAAUUCGAACCAGAAGGUUCUGCUUGUGGCAAACGAAGUUAACAAACUUGAGCAGUUAGAUGCUCUUGCAGAGGAUUUCAGCUGUUUUGGACCGGGGAGUAUAGUUAUCAUCACUACACAAGACAAGCAGUUGCUUGUUUCGGCCGGUAUAAAGCUUGUUUACGAAGCGGAGCUUCUGACGUUCCAGAAAGUUCGUGAACUAUUCAGACAGUUAGGUUUCAGAGUCAGGGAGAGAGCUAUUGAGUCUGUUUUGUGUAAGGGAACUAAUCUUGCCAUGAAAUGGUUAGGUUGUUGUCUACGUGUUAGAUCUGGUUACAGGAAAGUGUCUUAA